UUUUUAUAGCAUGUGUGCUAUAGAGCACACUAGAAGGGCUCGUUUGCAUCUCGAAACUCAGAAGUCAGAAGUCGGAGAACAGAACACAAAACCCCAAGGAGAGAGAGAGAGAGAUGGCGACGAUACGGCGGUUCUGCUGCAACGACCUUCUCCGCUUCACUUCCGUGAACCUCGACCAUCUCACUGAAACUUUCAACAUGUCAUUUUACAUGACCUACUUGGCGAGAUGGCCCGACUAUUUUCACGUCGCCGAAGCCCCCGGCAACAAAGUCAUGGGAUACAUUAUGGGGAAAGUAGAAGGACAAGGCGAGUCGUGGCACGGCCAUGUCACUGCGGUUACGGUGGCUACGGAAUACCGCCGGCAGCAAUUGGCCAAGAAGCUUAUGAACCUGCUGGAAGAUAUCAGCGACAAGAUUGAUAAGGGCUACUUCGUGGAUCUUUUUGUGAGAGCAUCAAAUACACCCGCGAUAAAGAUGUAUGAGAAGCUUGGAUAUGUAAUCUACAGACGGGUGCUUCGCUACUACUCUGGAGAGGAAGAUGGCUUAGAUAUGAGGAAAGCUUUAUCUCGUGACGUGGACAAGAAAUCAAUCAUCCCUCUUAAACGGCCUAUUACUCCCGACGAAUUAGAGUACGAUUAAGUAUCAAAGGCCGAUACCUUAGCUUAACGAUGAUGUCUGUUGAGCUUGACAGCAGUGGAAGAAGCUACUCCGUGAUAUAUUCUUGUAAUUUAUGGUUUGAUGCUUGGUGAGUCCCAUUUCAGAUAUUGCCAGGGCCGUCAUCCUCUGGCUAGAACGUGGUAGCGCUUGAAACAGUUACUGUGUGUAAGCUUAGAAGGCAUUCCCCUAUUAUUGCUCCUCUCUUUAGCCAUAAUGCUUUGUAUGAGUGCUUCGCCAGGGAAAAACAUAAAUGGUAGCAACUCAAUAUCUGCUUUAUUCGUUCUCCAGAGAAGAUCAAACCUGUAAACUUAUUAUCCGCAGCGAUUGAAGCCCUCAUUUUAAGCUGUGAGUUAAUAGUGGUUGUACUUGUAUUUUCUUUUUGCAGAACUAAUUCUAUUGUUUAAGUGAAGCCCGCAGGAUUAUUCACAUCCUUUUUAGUUCUUACAUAAUACGAAG